AUGAGUUCAUCGACAUAUCGGGUAGUGGAUAUCCACACCCAUAUGUAUCCCCCGGCAUACGUACAGCUCCUGGAAUCCCGAAGCAGCAUACCCCUGAUCCGGAAGUUUGCCGGUGCGAAGGAGCCCCGCCUCGUCAUCUUACCCUCCGAAGCGGAAUCGCUGGACAAGAUUACAUCGGAAAAUCCGGAGAAGACGUCAUCUCACCUUCCCGGCCGACCGGUGACGACGCAUUAUUCCUCCAUCAGCCAGAAGAUCCAUUUUAUGGAUACGCAUAAAAUUGACAUUUCGGUCAUAUCGCUUGCGAACCCGUGGCUCGACUUCGUCGCUGCUGAGGACGCAGGAGAAACUGCCAAGUCUAUCAACCAGGAAUUUUCCGAUAUGUGCGCCGCGACCCCUGGCCGGCUGUUCUUUUUUGCAACUCUGCCGCUGACCGCCCCUCCCGAAACUCUUCUCGCAGCCGUCGGACAUAUUCGUAGCUUGAAGUACUGUCGAGGCGUGAUUCUGGGAACGUCGGGGCUUGGGAAAGGACUCGAUGAUCCGGCUUUAGUGCCAGUCUUCUCCGCGCUCGCCGCUAAUAAACUAACCAUAUUCCUACACCCGCAUUAUGGCCUGCCGAGCGAGGUGUGGGGUCCCCGCGCUACGGAAGAAUACGGCCACGUGCUGCCGCUGGCCCUGGGAUUUCCCAUGGAAACAACAAUCGCGGUUGCUAGGAUGUACCUUGCAGGCGUAUUUGAUCAGGUACCAGAGCUGCGAUUGAUACUAGCGCAUAGCGGCGGAACGCUGCCUUUCUUAGCGGGCCGCAUCGAGAGCUGCAUCGUUCACGACGGGCAUCUAGUCCGGGAGGGCAAGGCGGGGCCCGGUCGACGAACGAUAUGGCAGGUCCUUCGGGAACAGAUCUACUUGGACGCUGUUGUGUACUCCGAGGUUGGGCUAAAAGCGGCCAUCGACGCUAGCGGGACCGACAGGUUGAUGUUCGGCACGGACCACCCGUUCUUUCCGCCGCUAAACAGCGACGAGCAGGGCGAAUGGGAGAGCGUGACUUGGAAUGCGGAGGCUGUGAGGAAAGCCCUAGGGGACGCGACGGAGCGCGGGAGAGCGGUUAUGGGCGGUAAUGCCGUCGAGGUGCUGCGGCUGUUCGAAGAUAAUGAGCUCUCCCUCCACAUCUGGAAACGUCUUGCAGAAUUCUACAACGUCGUGUCCGCGGCCGCCACCAACGUCUACAAGCACGGGCAGAUCUUUGUCCCCGUGGUAAAAGGAGAGGCCCGGUUAGAAGCAGGGAUCAGCCACUUCCAUCCUUCGGGCUCGGACGUGACAGAAUCAGGGGGUUGCUUCAAGGCGCCGUCGGACUCAAUCGGUAUGCUAGCCGGAUUAAAAGCGGUAUUGACCCCGCCUGUGAUAGGGCUUUAUGCCGGGGCUGUCAUUGAUAGUCCCUAG